CGCAGCGACGACGGCCGACGGGUGCAGCCGAGCGGGCCGAGCCAAGCACACACGCUAUACUCCCAGCGUGGAGGGCGGCGGUCCGAGGGAGAGCCCCGGCCGGCCGCGGCGUCUGUUCCCUUUCGUGCCGCUUCGUGGUGGCGCCCACCAUCCACCACCUCACCCCACCACCUGUAGCAAUAAGCACGAUCCAGGCUACUCCAGCGCGGCCGGUGCCGACGACAGCGACAGCCUAUCCCCAACACCAAGUGCGCUCCGCUCCUCCACCGCCUCCGCCGCCGGCUGCGGUUCGUUCCGGCGCGGCCGACGUCGGUAAGGGGUCGGCGAUGAGCUUCGCGGAUCUGGAGGCGGGGGCGCUCAGGGCGCCCGUGGGGAGGAAGGCGAGAGGGGGGCCCAACGACGCGCGCGGGCUCGUCUUCCAGAUCACCACCGCCGUGGCCUCCUAUCGGCGCCUCCUCAACUCGCUCGGCACGCCCAAGGACACCCCCACCCUUCGUGAUCACCUGCAGAAGACCAGUCAGAACAUUCUUCAAUUGGCAAAGGAUGCGAAAGAUAAGCUCCAAAAAGCUGCUGAAGCAGACAAGAGCAUUGAUACUAGUGCGGAUAAGAGGGUAGCUGAUAUGAAGCUUGCUAAAGAUUUUGGUGCCACAAUGGAGGAGUUCAGGAAACUUCAAAAUCUUGCGAUUCAGAGGGAGAUGGCAUAUAAGCCAGUUGUUCCCCAGAAUGCUCAGUCAAACUAUACGACAGAUGACAGAAGUGCUGAAUCUGGUAAUAUGCCUGAGCAGCGUGCACUACUUGUUGAAUCAAAAAGGCAAGAGGUGUUGCAAUUGGAUAACGAGAUUGUUUUCAAUGAAGCUCUCAUCGAGGAAAGAGAACAAGCCAUUGAAGAGAUCCAACAACAGAUCGGUGAGGUACAUGAAGUGUUCAAGGAUCUUGCUACACUCGUACAUGCCCAAGGAGUUAUAAUUGAGGAAAUCGAUACAAACAUUGAAAAUUCUGCUGAGGCAACCAAAGAGGCAAAGAGAGAAGUCGCGAAAGCAGACAAAACUCAGAAAUCAAAUUCCUCCCUGCUUUGCAUUCUUAUGGUCAUCUUUGGGGUCGUGCUGCUUGUUGUGAUAAUAGUUCUGGCAUCUUGAGACAGGCAAUCUUUCAUCUUACGAAGCAAUUCUGUGGAGUUCAGUAUUGAAGACUGCAUCUCUGAAAAUGUUCGUCUAACCAGCAUCAUGCUGUGCGCAAAAAUUAUGGCCAGUGGAUUUUCGAAAACUCGUUUACGCUUCAUGUUUCCGGAGUGUCCUUUGUCAUGCGUGAGUCCUUUUUUAAUGGCUUGCCUUGAGUGAACUGUGAUGCUCUUUUGUUUCUUUGGGUCUUAUGUGGAGUUCAGUAUCGAAGACUGCAUCUCUGAAAAUCUUCUUAUCUAACCAGCAUCAUGUUGUGUGCAAAAAAUGUAGCCAGUGGAUUUUAUAAAUCUCUUUUACGCUUUAUGUUUUGUGAGUGCACGUUCCUUUGUCAUGCGUGAGUCUUUUUUUAAUGGCUUGCCUUGAGUGAACUAUGAUGCUAUCUUGUUUCUUCGGGUUUUGGAAGUUCACUUGGGUGCGAUUCUGUAACUCUGUAAGUUAUUUUGUUUCUUGGAUAAAAAGGUGACUGAAAAUGUUGUUUAGCAA